CCUCGAGCCAUUACUCGUUUCUAAAAUUGAAAAAACAGGAAUCUAUAUUCACUUAACUGCUUUACUUAGAAAACUGAAGACAGGAAUAAGAUGAGUGAGUAUUAAAAAACAAAACAAGACAAUGCAAAUUCACUCCGAACUGUGAUCAAUGCGUUCCCGACUGAAGCAAUUCCUGAACUGAACCCUCACUCAACUUUCACAUGGGUUAUCAGCUACACAUGUUUGCAAUGGUUUGAAAUUAAUGAUUUAUCAACUAUUGAAAAUUUGCAUUCACUUUACAAGAAUUUGCUUAGAAAAAUAUCACGAACGAUUUGAUUUACAUAUAAUAUAGAAACAUUAUGUCAACUGAAUCUAAAAAGACAAGAUUACCAAAAUAUGGCGGGAUCUUUGUGGCGCCUACCAGCUGGUUACCUGCCAUCCUCGUUUGUAAACAGAUACUUUGAACGAAAAAUCGCACACUUAUAAAAUGACACUUUUCUAAUUUUCUAAAUUUUCAUUCAUUUGACUAGUUUUAAAAAAAUGGAAUCGAGUUUGAUUAAAAAAUAUAUGCAAAGCAUAGAAGACUUUGUUUUUAUUGAAGAUAAAAUUGUCACAUAUCUAUGGUUGUGCCAAAUUCUUAAGAUUCAUGUUAAUACUGCAAAACAAUUACUCCAUGCAUUUGCAACUGAACAAGAUGCCAAGAACAGGCUGCUCAUCACUUAUGUUUUGGGUGGUGAGCUUAAAAAUGGGAAAGGAAGGUUAUUGAAGUUGGUAAUUGGAGAUUCUAAGGAAGCUGUGAAACAGCUUUUUUCUAAAAUUACCACUGAUCAUAUUUUUAGUAUCCAGAGGUCUGGUGGUUCUUUUUCAUCAACAGACAUUUUCAAUUCAUUUCCACAUUUCUCAGUAUUACCAGAAAUUAGAAGUUUUUGUCCCGUACGCCCAUCCAAGGAGAUUGAAAAGAGGGAAAUAAAUCAUAUCACUGAAGCCAAGAAUUUUCUUAACCCAUCAGUACCAGUUAAGAAGCAAAUUGUAUCUAAGGAAACUGAAAGCUCCAAGAAAGAAGUUAAGAAUGAAGAAAGUACUAAACCAUCCAAAAGUGAAAAUUCCACCGAUAAUGGUGAACCUCCUGCGAAACAAAAGAAAACAUCUGGAAAUGAAAAAGAUUUGAAGAGUAAAGGUGGUGUCAUUGGUAGUUUCUUCAGUCGACAAGCAGAAAAGAAAAGCUCAGAACAGCUUGUUGGGAACAAAGGAAAAUCAGAAAAAAAAGAAGAAAAGCCAAGAACUGGAAUUGGUGCAUUCUUUAAACCAGGAAAUAAGAAUGAUAUUUCAAAUAAAGAAGUUAAAGAAAAUGAAAUAACUCUCAAAGCAGAAACAAAAAAAGAGAAUGAAAAAAGAGAAGUACCAGAAGCAAAAAAACAGAAUGGUGUUAAAGAACCUGUUAGUACAAACACUAAGGAUAAAAAGCAGAAAAGUACCAAAGAAGGUAAAAGAAAACGUAAAAAGAAAGAUGAUGAUGGAAUGGAAAAGAAGCGACGAAAAAGGAUUGUUUCUGCUCUUUCAAGUGACUCAGAGUCCAGUGGCAAUGAAACAAGUGACUGUGAAAUGGAAGUAGAACCGGAGCAGCCGCCACCCCCACCAGUACUGGAGGAAGAAGAAGAUAUGAUUCCUCCGACACCUGGAAGGAAACGUGUACGAAAGCAGAUCGAUAAAGUAUCUAUGGACGAAGAUGGUUUUAUCAUAACGAAAAAAGAAUUUGUCUAUGAGAGCUGUUCUGAUGAUGAAACAAAAGAAGAAGUAAAGGAAAAUAAAGAAAACAACACUAAAGAGGAUAAAACAGCUCAGAAAACUCCAUUAAAAAAAAAUGAAGUUUCUCCAAAUAAUGUGAAACAAAAUAAAUCACCUAAUAAUGAUAAAAGUAACAAACAAUCCUCAAUUACCAACUUUUUUAAGAGAAAGGCUGUAACUUAACAUUUUUGAAUUAUUCAACCCAUUAUUGUUUAUAUAACAGCCUUAAAACCUCAGUGUAUUCAUUUACUGAUGUCACAAAUUUAGCUGUAAAACAUUGAAAUGUUGAUUUCCUUUUUAACAAGGUCAUUCAUGAUAAAACUGUUAAUUUGUUACUGAUUGUAAAUAAUGUGAUGUUACAAGAUAUGGUUUAGAUUUAUAUUUUUAAAUAUUGUAAACACUUUAUGUUAUACAGAAUGUAGAAAUGUUACCUUUUUAAUUAUACAAAAUCUUUCAUAUGUAAU